AUGAGAUACAUUUAGCAAUCCCAAUCAAUUAUAACCUUUUAACAGCAUUCCAAAAACUAAUUCUUUUGUUCAAAUGGAACCAUACUAAAAAAAUAACCAUCUAAUUAGGAUAUACUUAUAUAGAUAAAAAUUCUAAAAUAGGAAAAAGAUUAUUAUUUCUAAAAAAUUAAGGAUUUAGACUUCUUUAUUGAAAAUGCUUCUUAAUUAGCAUAGGAAUAAAUGUAUAAAGAUAUCAAGGAUAUAUUUUAUUACACUGCUGAAAAAUCAGUUAUUGUAUUACCGAAUGGUGAACUUGAAGUUCAAGGAUUACCUCCUUCAUCUGAAGAACAAUCUUCAUCUUAAUAAGUUAUGCAAUAAGAAAUAUAUUUGUGA